UACACUCGCACACUAUUAUAGAGCAUGUGAAGCUGAGUGAUUCAGAUCAUCCAAGAGGAGUAGCCCGCUCUCAAGUCUGUCCAGGGACUACAAAUGGUUUGGGCCAUGCCGGACCUGAAGAAGUACCUCACGGAGGGCCUGAUCCAAGUAGCUAUUCUUCUCAGUCUGGCUGGGAUGCGUGUGGACGUGGAUCCCUACCUGCCCCCUUUUAGUGAAAUCAUUCUGGGCCCAAAUUCAGCUCUAACUCAGACUCAAUUCCACAAUCUUCAAAACAUCUUGGAUGGAUAUAACCUGCACCCAAAAACCGCAGAUCUAGAUGGGUUCUUCACAGCUCGCAGGCUUCUGAAUUGGGUUCGCUCCCUAGACCACCUGCAGGUUCCAGCGGCGGAGUUGGAAGCCUGGUUGGUCCACGGGGAGCCUGAAAAUGGAGUCUCCAUUCCAGCUCAAGUGGGUCUCCUUGAGGAAGGUGGAGGACUUGAAGAUGUGGAGGAACCCUCAGAGCUAAGCAUGAGGUUGGGAAAUGGAGGAGAAGUGGGUUAUGAUGUAGCUGAGGAUCAAACCCUCGGAGCUUUAGGGCUCAUGUCAAGAAGCCUCAACCAUCCAGACGAUGAUGAUCUCCUUAAAGAGGACAUGGAUACAGCCGAAACAAUAGCCGAUUCUUCCUUCAAUAUCAGUGAUUCAGACAGAAAUACUGGAUCAAUGGAAAACUUUAUUCACCAGGAUGUUAGCCUUCACCAAGCCACUCUGCCAAGAUCCACUGAAGCACAAAGCAGCGUCACCAUGGAAGAGACGUGUUGCAUUAACAACCACUCCAUGCCAAACAUCAAUUUGGACAAUUCAACUAAUGCUGAAGCUUUUGAAGACUCGGAUAUCAUAGACCUCCUCCUGACUGCUGGCACUAGCCUGCCAAGCCCUAUAGAUCCUCUGCUGGAGGAAGCCAUGCUUGAUGAGAUUGGUUUAAUGGAUUUGGCCCUGGUAGAACUUAGCCAGGCACAGUCUGAAGAUCAAAACCCAGCAGAUUCUGACUCUGGUUUAUCCUUGUACUACAGUCAAAGCCCUGCCUCUCCUAGUGGAUCUGAAUCUUCCAGUUCCUCAUCAUCUUCUUCAUGCUCUUUUUCACUGUCCAGCCCAACCCCUAGUUUGAUGCCCGAGGAAGGUGCUGUGGGUUACACCAAUAUCAAAGAAGAGGAUGAAGCUGUGGGUGAGUACAUGCCAGAACAAAGCAAGAUGUGUCAGUCAAGCUUUUUGGAAGCCAGACAGUUCCAUCGCCUUCCUUGGCUCGAGCACAUCGGACACGAUCAUACCUACAACCAACCUCAAAGCCGGAAGAAACCUCCAAAAGAUCUUUCCGAUGAGUCGCCGAAAAACAAGGUGCUGGAGCAUCUGUCCUGCCGAGAUGAGAAGCAUGCACGUUUGCUGAAUCUCCCGUUCUCCAAUGAACACAUCAUAAACUUACCCGUCGAUGAGUUCAGUCGCUUGCUAGCCAAAUAUCAUCUCAAUGAGACUCAGCUUACGCUUAUCAGAGACAUUCGCCGCAGGGGUAAAAACAAAAUGGCUGCUCAGAACUGUCGUCGAAGGAAGCUAGAUGUCCUGCUGGGAUUGGGGGGUAGUGUGGAUAGCCUGCGAUGCCUCCGGGCCAAACUGCUCAGGGAAAAGUCUGAGAUCUUGCGCUCCAUCAGGGAGAUGAAGCAGCAUCUUAAUAGCUUGUAUCAAGAGGUUUAUGAGAGACUAAGGGAGGAACAGGGACUGCUGUACUCUGACAACAACUUUACUUUGCAGCAAGACAGCACCAGACCUGUAACAUCACAACGCAGAUCAGAUUCACACCCCAGACGCAAACUUAGCAAGAGACAAAAACACAAGAAGUGAGAUGGAGGACUCAUGCUAUGACAAGCCUCAGGAAAAAUGCUCUGUGCUCUGAAGUCCACCUGCUGGUUUUCCACAGUUCAAUGGGAAAUUGCUCCAAAUAGGGUAUUAUUUUUACCCAAGUGAUCACCCUUGAUAAUGUAUUAUACUAUGUAGGCAUAUAAUACAACUUGACCGAACUUUAGGUUCCACAAAGUUUUGAUAUUAAAGGGCCAUAUCUUGAGUUUUUUUUUAUCUUUUAAGCUAAAGGUGUUGAUGUACUCUUAAAAACCUACUGUAAUGGACAGCUAAACCUCAGUUUGUGUGUAAGGCCUAGUCUAGCCAGAGAAAGCACUCAACGCUGUUGUACAUUUCACAUGUAAACAAGGCACAGCAGCAAAUAAUUUUUUUUUAUUUCACAGAGAGGGGGAAAAACUCAUUAAGGAAGCCAUUUCACUCAUAUACAUCACAAUACG